UAUGGUUUAACAGUGACCCAAUUGGAGAGGAGAGGUUUUACACUACUUCACAAGCUAUAAAUAUACCCUCUAGGGUUAGGGCUUGUAACAAGAACCUAAAAGGGAGCUCUCGCCCACUCAGCCUUCCCUGGUCCUCACCCUCUCCUCUUCUCUAAUCUUCCCUUUUUGCUAGAUUUUGGUCUAGCUCAGCGAACAAAAUUCCGCAAUUAUUGUGCAAACCUUUUCAAAGAUUCGAAGAAACAAGAAGAAAGUAGAGAAGAAUAAGGACUCGCAAAAUGAGGAAGCGGCAAGUGGUGGUAAGAAGAGAAGAACCUUCAUCAAGACGGUCUUCUUCUUCAUCUGUCACCGUUAGGAGUGUUAGAUAUAGAGAGUGCCAAAAGAAUCAUGCUGCGAAUGUUGGAGGUUUUGCUGUUGAUGGGUGCAGAGAGUUCAUGGCUAGUGGCGAGGAAGGCACAGAUGCUGCACUCGCUUGUGCCGCUUGUGGCUGCCACAGGAAUUUCCACAGAAGAGAAGUGGAGACUGAGGUAGUGUGCGAUUGUUCUUCGCCUUCUUCAAAUGGGACUUGAGGAUCGAAGAAAGAAGAGAGGAAAAUUGAAGAGUGUGGUGUGUUAUUUAUGAACAAAGAAGGCCAUAGGAAAUUGGUGGAAUUAAGAUGAACUAGCUCUAUUAUUAGGCUUCAAAAAUUGGAUCGAAUAAUUAAGGUUUGUAAUUGAGCCAUCAUAUUUUCGAAUCAUGAUUCCACCAAGUAGUUAGCUGGAAAGAUUGGGAAUUUGAUGGUGAAGGAUAAUGAUUUCUCAAGUGUGAUUUUUGUAAAAUUAGUGUGCAAUAGGAGACAAAUAAUUAUUUUCUCUCGUGUAAUAUUCAUUUUUGGUUAUCUAAUUGUAUGGUUAAGUGAGUAAAGCCUUUGGUA